UUUCCAGCUGUAGCUUUACAAACAAAACUCAGUGCCUAUUUCCCGGAGAGAGAGAGAGAAACACACGCACAAGGGAACCCGACGUCGAGGAAAUGCGGUUCGGAAAAUUGUGUGUGAACGAACCUAGGAAUGAUUUAACGCGCUCGCUGAAACAAUCGGGACACGUCGGUUUCGACAGCCUGCCCGACCAGCUGGUCAGCAAGAGCGUCCAGAAUGGGUUCGUGUUCAACAUUAUGUGCAUCGGCGAGACGGGUCUGGGCAAGUCGACGCUGAUGGAUUCGCUGUUCAACACGAACUUUGAAUCGCAGCCCAGCCCUCACACGCUGCCGAGCGUUAAGCUGAAGGCCCACACGUACGAGCUGCAGGAGAGCAUGGUGCGGCUAAAGCUGACGAUCUGCGACACGGUCGGUUACGGUGACCAGAUCAAUAAGGACGACUCGUUCAAGGCGGUAGUCGACUAUAUUGAUCAGCAGUUCGAGGCGUACCUGCAGGAGGAGCUGAAGAUAAAGCGCUCGCUGUCGACCUACCACGACAGCCGUACGCACAUCUGUCUGUACUUCAUCUGCCCGACCGGGCACGGGCUGAAGUCGCUCGAUCUGGUCUGCAUGAAGAUGCUCGAUUCGAAGGUGAACAUCAUACCGAUCAUUGCCAAGGCGGACACGAUCUCGAAAACGGAGCUGGCCAAGUUUAAGGCCAAGAUUAACGACGAGCUGCGCGUGAACGGUGUCCAGAUCUACCAGUUCCCGACCGACGACGAAUCGGUGGCGGAGGUAAACACCACGAUGAACUCGCACAUACCGUUCGCGGUGGUGGGCAGCACGGACUUUGUGCGCGUCGGCAACAAAACGGUGCGGGCGCGCCAGUACCCGUGGGGCACGGUGCAGGUGGAGAACGAGGCGCAUUGCGAUUUUGUCAAGCUGCGCGAAAUGUUGAUCCGCACCAACAUGGAGGACAUGCGGGAGAAGACGCACACGCGCCAUUACGAGCUGUACCGCCAGAAGCGGCUGGAGGAGAUGGGCUUUACCGAUGUAGACAGCGACAACAAGCCGGUCUCGUUCCAGCAGACGUUCGAGGCGAAGCGCAGCAACCAUCUGGCGGAGCUGCAGGCCAAGGAGGACGAGGUGCGCCAGAUGUUUGUGGUGCGCGUGAAGGAGAAGGAAGCGGAGCUGAAGGAGAGCGAAAAGGAGCUCCAUGCCAAAUUCGACAAGCUAAAGAAGGAUCAUGCCGAGGAGAAGCGCAAGCUGGAGGAAUCGCGCAAAAAGCUGGAGGAAGAGUUUGUCGAGUUUAACCGGCGCAAGUCGCAGAUGACGGCCCACCACACGCUAACGCUCGGCAAGAGCAAAAAGAAAUGAACUUCCUAACCAGCAGCGAGGGCGCUUUUCGUUGCGGGGGGGGGGUGGUGUGUUGUUGCUCAGCCUCUUUGCGCCAGCGAAAGUUCGUUGCAGAUAUUCUCAUUGCUUGGUUUACUACUUUAGCUAUCUCUCUCUCUUUCUCGCUCUCCCUUCAUCGUAGCUCUCCCUCCCUACUGUCGGAUUUAGUUUCGCUUCCAGAUUGUUGUGAAGAUUUUUGUUUCUUCAAAAGUUUGAAUAAUUUAAGAAUGAUAGCGCACGUGCUUGAAGUGCUGUAUAUGAGAAGUAUUCCGUACAGCGUAUAAACUGAUUUCAUAUUUCCUUCUUCUGUUUGUGUGCACAUUGUACAACUGUUUUUACAAAAGAGUGGAACGAUACCGUACCAAAACAAGCAAUGUUCAAUUGCAACCAUAGAAGCAUAAUGUUAAGAGCAUGUUGCGCUGAAUGUAACAAAUGUUGGCAAAGAGAAUGUUAAAAAAAAAACCAAAUGCGAUUAGUGUGACAAGACCGAGUAGCCAAAAUUAGUAGAACAAAACGGAAACGUUUUCUUUUAACGAAACAUUUAGCGUGCAUGCUGCUUCUGGUUUGGUAGACGCAAUGGAUAGGGCAUUUCUGCCUGCCCAACCGGACACAACAGAACGAAGCAGAAAAGAAAGGCGGGUGAGAGCGGUAGCUUGACCAAUUUUAGUUGUAGGACAAAAGUUCCACCAACCGAAAUCCACAAGGCCAGUUUCACGUGUUAGCUGCUCGGAGUGCAUCCGGUGAAACUGAGUUCCUUUGUGCGAUCAUAAUAAUUAUCA